UUCAAUUGGACGAAGAAGAGGGAGGAUCGCUGUCAUGGCGGCCAAGGUGGCGUUGGUGGCCGUCCCCACGGUGCUGGGAAUCGCCUCCAUCCGCGUGUACACGGUGAGGGAAGCUCCCGCGGACGGGCUGGUUUCUCGAGACAGGCUGAACGUCUACGCCCCGCUGCUCGGCGCUGGCCCGCCUACGGUCGUUCCAGAAAGUCCAGGACUUGUCGAGAGAGGGCUAACGGCGACCAGGGAGAGCGUUUUGCCCGCGGUCCGAGCUGUGAAGGGUGCCUGCGUCUCUGUAAAACGGGGCGGUGUUAAUCUUUACCAUGCAGGAGAGGAUGUUUAUUACUACUUGAUAGACCCUCCUCCAGGUUUUCUGCCCAGGUUCGGAACCGUCACCAUGGCUGGCCUGCUGGGCAUGUUCUUGGCGAGAAAAGGCUCCCGUUUCAAGAGGUUAGCGGUUCCGUUGGGUCUGAUGAGCGCCGGGGCGUCGGUGUGCUACCCAGCCCAAGCCGUGUCUGUGCUCAAGGUGACGGGACAGAAGGUGUACGCCGCGGGGCAGUGGAGCGGCGCCGCCGCGUCGUCUCUGCUCGCCGCCAGGGAACCUGUCGCCAAAGAGGCCGCCGCGUCACAACCGCAGCCUCUUUCAGAAGCCGAUCCAGAGUCGACUCUGCGUGAGGAGGAGGCCUCGGCCGACCUUCCCACACCCGACCUCUUGGCUAAAAGCGCCGCCGUUUUGGAGACAGAGGUGGAAUCGGCCGAGUCCGUUCCCGUUUGUGACGAGCCGGUCGUCACCGAAGAGCCGCCGGUGGCGCUUACAGGAAUGUCUCCAGCAGAGAUAGGUUGGUCAGCACAUUCGGAGCCAGUGCAAACAGAGCCGUCUCGUCCCGCCGAAGACGCGGCCGCGGACGGAAACCAAACCUCGGACGAUGUUUCCCUUGACGCGACGCCAGCGGAUGCCGUCCAGGACGAGCCGGCUGAAGGAAACCUGCCAUCAGCAUCCGCCGUCGAAUCAGCUGCUGAGUUUGAGCUGGCGGAGGAGCAGCAGUCGCUUCCUGCUGCGGAGGAGACGCCAACCUCAACCCCCGCCACGGCGCCGCCGCCUCAGCAGCCUGCAGAGGGAAGCAGAGAAGAGGGCUCCGGUUUCCAGCCAGACCCGGCUCUCAUGGACUUCGGCCAGUCCAGCCCCGAAGACGAAGACCUGUACAGCACACGCAGCUGAGACGGGCCGGCCUCAGCCGCGGAGCAGAAGCGGCGCACCUCGACAGAUUCACCGUCAGACGUUUCCAUUCUCAUAGUUUUCUUUUUUUUUUUGUGUUGUUUUUUCUUUUCUCUGCCCACGUUUCCACAGAACACGUCCGAAUAAGUUGGCACCGGCGCUGCGUUAUGAUGAAUUUCGGUACACAAACACAGAGAAACCUGGAAAAAGAAACCCACCCACAAUUACAUUGGAAACAGUUUCUGUUUAAUUGUGCAGGAGUUUUCCAACCAUCAAUUAUGCAAGGUGCCGUUUAUUUAUUGUGAUCCAGCCCAUUUUUGUUCAUUUAAAUCUUCCUCUCAGUCGGGCUGAUGACGACUACAAGGAGGACUUGUGCUGCUUCACACUGUUAGAUGGGUGGUUAAGGAACUCAGAAUAAAUCUUUAUUUUUUUGUGAA